AUAUUUUGUUACAAAACUUAAGAACGAGUCCGGCGUAAGUCCAUAGGCAGCGAAGAGACUGCUGGAGUUCACCAAGAACAUUGUAACCAAAGUCAGGUCCGUCGCUGUUGCUGUACAUCGGAGGAGAACUAAUCAUCACUAGCGUAAGCUGAGUCACCAUGGCAGCCGAGCCGCUGUAUUUCGGCGUGUGGGACUACGUGGUGUUCUCCGCCAUGCUGUGUGUGUCGGCAGGCAUCGGGGUGUACUACGCCUGCACGGGAGGCAAGCAGAGCACGCAGAGGGAGUUCCUCGUGGCUGACCAGUCCAUGCCAACGUUACCGGUGAUGAUGUCCCUGCUAGCCUCGUUCAUCUCCGCCAUCACGGUGCUGGCGGCCCCGGCAGAGGUGUACAGUAACGGCACCAUGUUCUGGUUCUUCGCGGUGUCGGGGUCCUUCAGCAUGGUGCUGGUAGCGAGGCUAUUUGUGCCGACCUUCUACAACCUGGGGCUGACAAGCACCUACGAGUACCUGGAAAUCCGGUUCUCCAAGACAGUUCGUUUAAUCUGCACCGUCCUCUUUGUGGUCAACAUGCUGGUGUAUAUGGGACUUGUUCUCUACACACCAUCCUUGGCUCUGAAUGCAGUGACUGGCCUGACGCUUUGGGGAGCAGUCCUGGGAAUGGGAUUGGUCUGUACAUUCUAUACUGCCUUGGGCGGUAUGAAGGCUGUGAUGUGGACGGACACGUUCCAGGUGGUAGUGAUGGUGGCGGGGUUUCUCGCCGUCAUUAUCCAGGGGACCAUAGAGGCAGGGGGCCCGGCUAGAGUCUGGGAACUCAACCGACAGGGACAGAGGCUGGAGUUCUUCAAUUUUGACCCCGACCCACGAGUCCGGCACACGACCUGGAACAUCCUAGUGGGAGGAACGUUCUUCCGCUGCUCCAUGUACGCAGUGAACCAGGCACAGGUGCAGCGGUACCUAAGUUGUCCCUCCAUCAAAAAGGCACAACACGCCCUCUACUGGAACAUCCCGGGACUGGUUUUCUUCAUUCUCUUCGCAGUCCUGAGUGGAAUGGUGAUGUACGCGCGUUACUGCGACUGCGAUCCGAAGACUAUGGGGUACAUCAGCAGCCCUGACCAGGUACCUGGGUGGUCUACUAUCUUUGUUAAAAGCUUCAUCAGAUUGAUUCAAUGGUUAAAAAAACAGCAAGUUUCCUUGCAGUUUCAGUAUAUGUUGCAGGAUAUAUCUUCAAAAGAGACAGCUUUAACAAUGAGAUUAACGUUGUUUUAUCUACAGAUGAUGCCGUACUUCGUGAUGGACAUCCUGGGUAAGUUUCCCGGGAUGCCUGGCCUCUUCACGGCCUGUGUGUUCAGCGGAGCGCUCAGCACCAUGUCCUCGGGGCUGAACGCACUGGCCGCCGUGGCACUGGACGACUUCGCCAAGCCCUGCUUCCCCAACCUCAGCGACGAGAUGUACACCUGGAUAUCUAAGGGCUUAGCCAUCCUGUUCGGCCUGUUGACGAUCCUGAUGGCGUUCAUCGCCUCGAACCUGGGCCCGGUGUUCUCCGCUGUCAUCAGCCUGUUCGGCAUGAUCGGCGGCCCGAUCCUCGGCAUCUUCGUGCUCGGCAUGAUGUUCCCCUGCGCAAACAGAUGGGGAGGUCUUUUCGGGCUUUUGUUCAGCCUUUUCAUCAGCCUGUGGAUCGGGAUGGGGAAGGUCGUGUGGCCGAUGUCUGGAUGGAAACCGCCGAUCUCGGUCGACGGAUGCUCCGCGGAGCUUCCAGUCAACGUCACGGCAAACUUCACCACGAGCCCCGCCAUGCCCACGAGCACCGCACGGUACAUCACCACCACCACUCCGACUGGACCUACAGUGGACCAGUAUUACCCCCCUGAAUCUGCACUGUAUGAACUGUCUUACGUGUACCUCGGAGCGGUGGCCACGGUCAGCUGUGUUAUCAUGGGACUUCUGGUGAGCUUCCUAACCGGCUCACAGGAUCCUAAAGAAGUGGACCCCAGACUGAUCGUGCCGUUCUACGACAGUGUGUUCUGCUGCCUGCCCGAGAGCUGGCUGCGGUGGCUGCGCUGUGGGGUCAGGCACGGGGAGGGGGAGAAGGCAGCUGUGGAUAUCGAGAUGGCUGCUACAGGUGGCGAGCCUUCGCCGAAUGCUGAGGGGACCAAGACACAGAACGGUUGCGAUGGUCACAGUCCAGCUGAAUGCGAAAAUGGCACCUCUAGCGAGCCGUUGCCGAACGACAAGGAGACCAAGCUACAGAACGGCUGUGACAGUCACAGUCCAACUACAUGCGAGAAUGGCCUAAAAAUAUGAGUCCCAAUUUAGAAUGAUUACAACAUGUCUGGUUCUCGGUUAUCUUGCUUAUCUUUGAGAAGUGGUAACGAUAGUUAACCUUUAUCCGUGGGGCAACCUAUAUCCGUUGUAUCUUACAGCAGGGUACUAGUAUGUAGGGCUGUCAAGUCAAUGGCUGGAAGUUUCCAUGCACUAUUUUGAAAAUGUCUCAAUUUCAAACCAGUGACCAUCGACUCCAUAGCUCUAACAACCCAGUUUUCUUAAUACAACGGAUUUAGGUUACCCCGCAAAUAAAGGUGAACUAGCGUCAAUGCCACUGCCACACUGGCUACAACCUCCAGUCGUACACUGUGGUUGCCCAGAGCCAAGCGUAUUCUUCCCUAUGGCAGUGAAUGUGGCUCAUAUUGACAAGCAAAUGUCGACCAGACCAUGGACUUAAAAAUGACGUGAUGAUUCUUGAAGUUAUCAUUGCAAAAAGGGUCUAGUAGAGCUCGCAGAAUCGUCCAGAACGAUUUCCCAAUGUGUGAGAGGAAUAAGAACUACAAUAUUAAGUGGGCAUUAUUAUCCCCUGUUCCCAUAUAUCUACCUACCUACCUACCUACCUACCUACUUAGUCUGGUCUGUAAGUGUUAAAACUUGUUGUAUGUUAUCUAGCAGGUGAAUGUAGUAGAUUGUACCUGUGUAUACAGAUGUCCAGUGUUCAGCCGUAAUUAUAUAGUAAAUCAUAAUUGUGUAGUUUAGUGGUCUGUCUUAGUGUUGUAAGUGUGGAGAUUAUUCUAUGACGAAUCUAUCCGUCUCCUUCUAUCUAAAAAUAAGAUUUUCCCCUCCUGGUGAACAUGGUGUACCAAAUUGGGAAAAUAACGUGUGGUAACCUUUAUUGUACUUGUAGUAGUAACACUAGUAUGUUACAUGCAGCCAUGACGGUAGUUGUAGAAGCGGAACUCGUUCGAUAGUAUCUUGGUAUAAGUGGUUAGCAACGAGUGAAGUUGUGGAAAUAACAUUAGUGAGGUAGCCAUGAGUGUAGUUGUAGAAGUGACACUAGUGAGGUAGGCAUGAGUGUAGUUUUAGAAAUGACACUAGUGUGGCAGCCUUGACUGAACUUGAAAACUUGGUAAGUUAUAUCUGUCUACCACACUAGUACACUAAUCACUUUCCGGACCUUUAAAUACAGAAAUAAAAUACUUUUUGGUCG